AUGGGAUCUCCGAGGCCAUUUAUCACUACAAGCUCUACAACGAGCGUAAGUGUUGGUCAAGAAGAUAGACCCUGUUGUCUGGAAACUGAAGCGUCAUGUACGUCUGCUAGAGUUGAUGACAAAAUUCUGUUAGAUAGACCAGAUGAACGGGAAACUGACGAUGGCACUACCGGUAUACCACAGGUAAUGCCAUCGUCGGAUGGUGAUGAUAUCAUUAAGAAGCCAAAGUUUGGGAUGAAGUUCAAUUCGUUUGAAGAUUUGUUGAGCUAUUAUAAGCAUUAUGCUAAAAAAUGCGGGUUUUGGGUGAUGACACAAAGGGGUGAGAGGUCAGAGGAUCAAAGUGUCAGAUAUGUCAUCCUUGGUUGUGCACGUGGAGGAAAGGCUCGGAAUAGCAGUUUCAAUGUCGCCAACCCACGUUCGACGGGAAAGACGGACUGUAAGGCAAUGAUUAAUGCCUUAAGAGUUGAGGGAAAUAUGCAGUUGACAACAGUCCAUAAUACACAUAAUCAUGGCCUCAGCCCACAGAAAUUCCGCUACUUUCGAUGUAAUAGAGAAGUGAGUGAGACCGUUAAAAGAGUCCUAGACACAAACGACUUAGCUGGUAUCUGA